CUCCACCAUGUCCCAUCUACACAGCACCAUGUCGUCCACCCGGGGCAGAUUGGACCUCUGUCGCAUGCCGUCAUGACACAGAGAGGCGAGGGCACUGUCCUGCGAGACCACAAGAAAGAUCGUUCCAAACGCAAACCAGCGUCACAGAACCCAGUCGAAGCGGCGGUGUUAACAUGGCGGGCCUCGCUGCCCACGGGUGCUGUGCAUGACGCAGAGCAUGCGGCACCCAUCUCCUCCGCCACGCUUAUAGCUCAGGCUCCUAAGCGAUGGACCGUCUACGAGCCAAUGAUCCUUCUGCCCACUGGGUCGUUUUCGUCAGCAGCAUGGGCCGAGCUACUCAAAUACGCCGGGCAGCAACAGGGGAGAUUGCUGCAAGACCUAUGGUGCCUCAUACUCGCCGAGAUUACUCGCAAGACCGGCGCAAAGCAGCCACUUACGCACCUUGCGAUCAACGAGGGCAUCCCUUUGGUCCGUGACGAGGAUGAGCAUCAGCACCAAGACUCGAAGGACAACAUACUCCGCAGCCCUACCGGGUUGGCGAUGCUGCAUGGGGACUUUGGCCCAGCAUCAACUCAGGCAGGUGACAAUGAUGAGUGCGGCCAUGGCCAGCAAUCCGGCAAUGUUACCGACGAGGACUUCCAGAAUGCCUUCUGGGUGUCCACCAAGCAGAACGGGAUAUGCCAGACCUGGGCGCCGCGCUGGACAAUGUUUAGCAGGGGCAACAUCAAGGAGAAGGCCAGACUUCUAGACUUCCAUACGCCGAAGAUCGAUCAUCCCAAUGCCACAGGCAUAUCACCACCUCAACAACAGCAGGACAGCUCUUCGGGCAAAACUACGCAGAGCUCCACCACGCCCAUGGCGAGAACCAUCACGAAGCAAAAACUGCAAGAUUCCUACGCGGUCGACAUGUACGCCGGCAUCGGCUACUUUGUCUUUUCCUAUGCACGACUCGGCCUGCGCGUGCUGUGCUGGGAGCUGAACCCGUGGAGCGUCGAAGGCUUGCGCCGAGGCGCCGAGGCGAACGGCUGGAGCGUGCGCAUUAUCCGCAGUGUGGGUGAGCUUGCGCGGCCGACGGGGGAACUCGUACAUCGCAGAGCUCCAAGUCAGCAAGCCACGCACGUGCCGGCCGCCAAGGGUCGGAGGAAUGUGAGCAGUAAGGAAGAAGCGCAGAUUGUGGUCUUCUUGGAGGACAAUAUCCACGCGGCUCGGCGGAUCGCGGAGCUCAGAGCCGCCUGGACGAAUCAGGAUAAUGACACAGACGACCCCCUUGAGAUACUGCAUGUCAACGGCGGUCUGUUACCCGUAAGUACGGGCUCGUGGGCUGGGGCAUGGGACAUAACAUGUCCAAGCCGAGACGCUUGGCUGCAUCUCCACGAGAAUGUCGGUGUUGCGGACAUUGAGCGGCGGAAGGGCGAGAUCGAGCGGUGGUUCCGGGAUUACCAGGAUCAGCAGCAGCAACAGAAGGCUGGUGGAGAUGUGGGAAGUGCAGGUCGGCGAAGCGCUCGUGUCGAGCAUGUCGAGCUCGUCAAGACGUUUGCACCCGGAGUAUGGCAUUGUGUGUUCGACGUCUAUGCGACGAGCAGAAAGGCCGAUACUGGCGAAAGUUGACGAUAUGUCGUUCACUGCCUCGUUGACCUGCCUAGGACAGACAGAGUGUUUGUAGGCUGCUGAAUUGCAAAGCUCACACCUUUCUGACAGGCA